GUCGCUUCUGGAGGCCUGGCAAACAGUUUUGGAUUCUGUUGAGAUAGACUGACUUCCUCAGACAGACAGACACCAAUCAUGGUCAAGGAUUUUUCUGUGGACUGGCUCGCCCAAAGCUUUCACGAUUCGGAGAAAAAGACGCACAGGCCGCACGUACCAUGUGUGGUUCAACCGAGGCCUCCAACAUCCUACGACAAGGUUUAUUUGCAGCCAAAACCAAAGGUUUCCAAGGUUGAACAGAAACCAGAGACCAUUAAGGAGAAAGAGGUCACGACUCCAAGACACUGCUCAUCUCCAAGCUUUUCAGAAAACAGCGGCUAUUCGUCUGGUUAUGAAAGUGAAGCGGCCGCUUCUGAAUGCGCGUCCAUGGAAGAUGGAACCGACGUGGAAAAAGACGCGGCGACGCGCAGAAUCAGAACCAAAUUCACUCCGGAACAGAUCGAAAAACUUGAGAAAAUCUUCAGCAAGCACAAAUACUUGGACGCGGGAGACAGAGUGAAAACUGCAUUGAAACUCAAUCUGUCAGAAACUCAGGUCAGAACAUGGUUCCAGAAUCGCAGGAUGAAGCUGAAGCGGGAAGUUCAGGAAAUGCGAGCUGACUAUCUUCUGCCUCAGAUGGUUGUUCCGGUUCAGUACCACUGCUACGACAGACAGCGACUUCCGUUUCCGCCUCACUGCGCGCUGGUGCACCAGAUGAUGACGCAUCAUCCGCUCGCUCCUCAUCAUCACCUCAUGAUGGCGAGGCAACAUUACUACUGAAGACAGACACGUUCCUUUAUAAAAACACUUAUCAUAUUCUGUGUGCAAUGUGUGUAGAGUUACGCUUCGUAAAAAUAGUGUUUAAUUAAAAAGAAGAGUUUAUUUAUUUUCAGAAAUAAAGUUUUAUGCCUAAGUUUG